AUGUACGAAGCCAGCAAGUUCAACCGAUUCAAUAAAUCCUCCUUACGAGCGCUUGUCAUCACUGACAAAUUCAUUGCCAAAUUCGACGCUGUCAAUUUCAAACUGCUCAAGGAACCGAUUCCUUUGCAAAAUGUGUCACGAAUCUCCAUUUGUCCAGAACCGAAUGGCUUGUUUGUGAUUCAUGUGGCUGAAAAUGACAUCGUCGGUUGCGCCAAGAAUGCCCGUGAAGAGGAGCGGAUUGGUGAACUCGUCGGCACUCUACUGGCUCAGUACGAAAAGUACGCUUAUUUGAGUUUUUUGGUUCACUCAUUUACGGAUUAUCGCAUGCGUUGGUGGCAAACACUGUGUUGGUUCGGAAUAUUCCCAGCCGAUCCCACUCAACAAGCGGUGUUCAAGAAAAACGGCAACGAUAUCGACCUCAUCUGCCAUACGAUGUCUGCUGCCUAG